UAUAUGUAUAACAGCGAGAAUUUGUUUAUAUAAAAGGUAGGAACUAUUAUUUAUUACAUGAUAAGGUUAGUCGAGUAGAUUUCACAGUAGGACCUAAACAGUGACAGAUGGGACAGAUGGCGUGCUAAUCUAUGGUGCUAACAAGACAAGUGUCUUUAAAAAAAUACCACUAUGGAUGCCCUACAGAGGAGUGUGAUUCAGGAAGACAUGGUUGUGUACAAACUCUUCUUGAUCCAGCCAGACAGUUCAAUUUCACAGCAGACUGAGGAACUUCUCACACAUCGAAUAGAGGAGAUUUUGGCAAAGGUUGCCCCUCUCUUGAUACAAAAAAUCUGGCAGCAUCAGUCAUUCAACCUCAAGUAUCAUCCUGAGAAAGGUGGAGUCCCUGCUCACAUUGGAGGUAGCACUCAGUUUGGGGACAAUGUGGAGGACGAGUGGUUUAUCGUUUACCUCCUGCAGCAAAUCACAGAAGCCUUCCCAGAGCUCGUAGCCAGAGUUGAGGACAAUGAUGGAGAGUUUCUUCUGAUUGAGGCAGCAGAUUAUCUUCCCAAGUGGCUGAAUCCAGACAACAGUGAAAACCGAGUCUUUCUUUAUAGGGGAGCGUUGCAUAUUCUGCCCUGUCCGUCCAAAUCCAGUCCAGUGGGGAUUUCAAAAGAUGUGGUACCAAGUGUGGCACAAGCUCUAGCAGUGCUCUCCACCCACCCAGAGGCCUGCCAGGCAAGCCCCAAGAUUUGUUCAGCCCUAAGGAAGCGAUUAGAGGGGUACCCAGAGAAGAUUAAAGCGGGCCUCCAUCGUGCCCACUGCUUCAUACCAUCAGGUAUCGCCAUGGUGUUAGCCCAACGACCAGACCUGGUUGCCCCUGCAGUGUCAGCGUUCUACCUGCGGGAUCCAGUAGAUCUACAGGCGUGUCGAAGCUUCAAGACCUUUCCUCCUGAUACAAGAGUCCUCACCUCGGUGACAUUCACCCAUUGCCUGUAUGCCCAGCUGCAUCAGCAACAGUUUACCCCGGACCGGAGGAGCGGCUUCACCCUGCCUCCUUGCUCUCAUCCCCAGUACAAAUCCCAAGAGCUCGGCAUGAAACUGGCCCAUGGCUUUGAGAUCCUGUGCUCUAAGUGCAGGAUGCCAUCAUCAGAGCCUGAUGCCCCCGUCAGUUGUAACCCUCAGUGGAAAGGCUUUAUUGACAGUCUGAAAAGGAAUGGCUACUUCCGGGGAGAACUGGAAGGUUCGGCUAAUUACAGAGAACUGACAAGAUCUGCUGAAAACUUUUUCAAACAGUAUGUCGCCUCAAAAUCAAGUGCUUUGUCCCCUGGUGAGGAGGUUCUCCAGCUGCUGCACAGCUGCAGUCCUUUUAACUUGGAGGAGCUGAAGAAACAAGAGUCACAGCUCCCUAAAGAGGACAGUGACAGCUGGCUGGAUAUCACAACUCAGGGUUUGGAGCGUAUGUUGCAGGAGAGGAGUGGGAGGAGAGCUGAUGUUGGCAGCCAAAGCUCCAGUUCUACUAAACAGACACAGCAUGUUGGGGGUGCAGAGGAGAGGAGAAAGGAGACCGAGGACAACAAGGAGGAAGAGGAGGUCGGUUACAGCUUAGUAGCAGUCAGUCAGGGGAUGAAGAACUUCCUCAACGCCAUGUCGUCGCAUGAGGGUGCUGAACUGCCCUGGAGCAGUUCAACUCAGCCUUUUAGUUUUGAGCCUGACUCCAUGGCCACCGCAUUGGACAGACUGCUAGGAAGCAAAGAAGAAGAGCUAGAUUCAGAUGAUCUAGAUGAUGAUGAUGAUGAUGAUGAUGAUGAGGAGGAGGAAGAGGAGGGGGAAGAGAAAGAAGAGGGGUCCUCUGGUUACGCAGAGAUGAGUGGGACAGAAACUUUGGACAAUCUCAGAAGAUACAUGGACCAAAUGGAUCAGGAGCUGAUGAGCACUAAUAUAGGACAAAGCUUCAAUCUGACGAAUAACAACAAGGCAGGCUUGAACAAUGGCUCCCCUCAUCCCUCUGCUACGGACGGUCUCCCGGGACAUGGAGGGGCAGAAGACACCGAGGACACUGAGGAGAUUCAGCCUCUCGACGUCGACCUCAAUCUGGUCACAAACCUGCUGGAGUCCCUCAGCUGCCAGGCCGGGCUGGCCGGACCGGCUUCUAACCUGCUGCAGAGCCUGGGUAUACACCUACCGCCCAACUCUGACCCCUCAUAAAGGACAAGAAGGAGACUUCUGUAGGCAAAGCACUCAUAGAUGUCAAAGAUGUCCUGUAGAGCUUUUAUAGUAAACCAACACAGUUUUGUUAUAGUUUACAGGUGAUUUUAAAUAUACACAAGUACAAAAAUGGAAAAGCUGAUACGUGUG